UAAGCAUCUAAAAAAUAGCAAAAUUAUGCCUCGUUUUGUGUGCUCUCUGCUCGCUGUGGUGCUCCUGGGCGCCGUUUUGGUGCGCGGCUUUGACGAGAAGGAGGCCAUGGCCAAAAUGAUGGAGGCCGCCGAGACCUGUCUGGGCGAAGUGGGUGCGAAAGACACUGAUCUGCAGGAUCUGGUCAAGAAACAGCCGGCCGCCACCUACGAGGGCAAGUGCCUGCGUGCCUGUGUGAUGAAGAAGUUUGGUCUGCUCGACGGCAACGGAAAGCUGGACACUGUCGCCGGACACGAGAAGGCCAAGCAGUACACCGGCAACGAUCCUGCCAAGCUAAAGAUCGCCAUGGAGAUUGGUGAUAUCUGUGCGGCCAUCAGUGUGCCGGAUGACCAUUGCGAGGCUGCCGAAGCCUAUGGCGCCUGCUUCAAGAGCGAGGCCGUCAAACAUGGCCUGAUGUAAAGGAACCCCAAGUGCCCCCAAGGACGAUGGAACCGGACAAAGACCAAUACCAGGAGUGGCCACUCCACUGCGAACUCUGUUUAAGUUUCGAUGUAAUUGUUAGAGAGAUAGUAAAUGAUGGCAUUUGAAAGAGCAAA